AUGGGCGUUCUAAAUUUACUAAAUGCAAAAAUUAUAAUAAGUAGAAGUGUCAGUCCUUAUUUAAAUCUUGCAUUGGAAGAUUUUUUGUUUAAGAACAGCACUGCUAAACAGUGUCUUCUGUUUUAUUCAAAUUUACCAUCUGUUAUUAUUGGUCGAAAUCAGAAUCCUUGGACCGAACUAAAUGUCCGGCAAUGCAGAAAGGACUGGGUGAAUAUUGUCAGAAGACAAUCAGGCGGAGGAACAGUGUUUCACGAUCUCGGAAACGUGAAUUACAGUGUAAUUAUGGAUCGCCAAAACUUUUCACACACUAGAAACGCACAGAUAAUGGCAAAAGCAUUACAGCGUUCGAACAUAGAUGCUAGUGUGAACAACAGACAUGACAUUGUUCUUUCAUCAACGGGCGAAAAAUUAAGCGGAUCCGCUUACAAAAUUGCAAGAUCCCGUUGCUACCAUCAUGGUACCAUGCUGCUUAACACAGACUUGCUUAACAUUUCAAAGUAUCUUCGGUCAUAUACCACGGGUAUACGAAGCAGCGGAGUUAAAAGUGUCCGUUCACCUGUUGUGAACGUGAAUGUUCCUGUUUCUAAAUUCGUAUACGACGCUAUUCACACAUAUCUAGAGACGUAUCAUUUGGAAAAGGUACCACAGAUCACAAGUAUUACUGCAGAAGAUAUUAUGGGUAUCGAGGAUAUUGCUAAAAUGGAGGAACAGUUACGUUCUUGGAAUUGGACUUUCGGACAAACACCGAAAUUCCAACAAACUUUAAAGGAAGAGAAACUGUUUCAACAUCCGCUGACCGUGAAUAUAUCUGUUUUACAUGGUCGUAUUGACAAUGCUCAAUUUGUGACGGAAGACAAAAAGCUUAGUGAUGAGUUGUCCACAUACGACUGGAAUGGUCUGAGAUACGAUAGCGGAUCCGUCAACCAAAUACUCCUUCAACACACUCCAUCAGAGGAUGUGCGAGCAGUUGUGAGUUGGUUAGCAAGAACAAUUUAA